GGAAGGCGGCGGGGGCGCCCCUUUUGCGCUGCUGCUGCUGCUGCUGGGCGCCCGGAGCGCUUUGCGCGGCUGCCUCGCCAGUCUCUCCGGCCGCCUUUCUUCCGUCCUUCCGCCCUGACUCAGAGGCCGCUGGGGGAGGACCGAGCCGGGAGCCCCUCUUCCUUGCCUCUCCGAGCCCGCUGUUUCUCAACAAGGAGAUGUGAGGAUCCAGCAUGGCAUGGCCAGAAAUAAAUGUCGCUUGUAUUUUUAAUUCUGCUCAACCUGAAGUUCAAAGCACAGAUACUUGGAAAUCAAACCUGCUGUAGUAAGACUGGUGACCAUCCAACUUGGUUGUAGGUGGAAUGGAAUAGUCAUGAAUGGUGAUGCCCUUUGUCAAGAACCUCCCUCCCAGCUUCCUGACUGGAGGGAAUUCUGCGAGCUCCAUGCCCAGGCUGCUGCAGUGGACUUUGCUCAGAAGUUCUGCCAGUUCCUGAAGGAAAAUCCCCACUACGACACCCCUGGGGCAGAAACCUCCUUCUCUCAUCAUUUUGCAGCAAAUUUCUUGGACAUCUUCAGCCUGGAGGUCAACAGGGUGUUCGUGUCCAACUCCCCUACCAAAUAUAACAUUGUCCCAUUUGUGGGCCUUCAGAACUGCCACAUGCCUUAUGGACGGGAUCUCUUACCAAGGAAAGAGCAGACUUCCGUGGAAUCUCUAGACAGCAUGGACAACACACUCACCUCCAGCAGGUAUUUAAGUCAAACUCAACAGGUUCAGGCAAGAAAAGUCUCUUCCUAUGGACAGUCCCGAAGCUCAGAAGAUGUCUCUGUUCACAGUACCUCUAAGACAAAAUUCAAGAAAGGUUUUUCUCUGAGGAACAUGAGCUUGUGUGUGGUGGAUGGCAUGAAGGAGAUGUGGCAUCGGCGGUCUUCUCCAGAGCCAGGCGCAGAAGCCAUGCAAAGCAAACAGUCAGACAGGGAACACGGUCCUCCUGGUAACAAAGAACAUAGUGAUUCCAGAGAGAAAUGGACCCACAAGCUCUGGCUUUCAAAGGGGCAAUCUUCUAAAGUGGAUUUAGUGGACAUUCAGAGAGAGGGAACCCUCCGCUACAUGGUUGCUGAUGAUACAAACUGUGUGGGUAGCUCUCAGUGGCAAAAGUGCCGUUUGCUGCUAAGGAAGGCAGUAAAGAUAGAGGGGGAGAGAUUCCUUCUAGAGUUCUACGUUCCUCCUAAGGCUUCCAAAGCGAAGGUCAGCAUCCCUCUAUCGGCUAUUAUUGAGGUCCGCACAACUAUGCCUUUGGAGAUGCCAGACAAGGAUAACACCUUUGUGCUGAAGGUAGAAAACGGUGCUGAAUAUAUUCUUGAAACGAUUGAUUCAUUGCAGAAACAUUCCUGGGUGGCGGACAUACAAGACUGCAUAGAUCCUGGGGACAGUGGUGAUGACAUUGAACUCUCUUCCUGCACCCAAGGAGCUUGCCUGCCAAGCAGAGUGUCAUCUUGUAGCUGUGAGUUCCUGCCUGAUGAUGUGAUGCGGUGUCAGGAUAGAUGUGCUGGCUCUACUGCCUCAGAUAGCAUAUCAAAUGCUGCCACAAUUGUCACAGCACCACAUGGCAGGAUCUCUGCAGGGGAAUAUAGAGCACAUGUGCCAUUAGAGAACUUUUUGCAGACACUGGAGUCUCCAGCCAACAGCAAUCACACAGCAGGAGAUGAAAGUGAGCCGGAAGCAGACAUCAAUCUCUUGGAGUUCCCUUGGUUCCAUGGGACGCUAUCACGGGUCAAAGCAGCCCAGCUAGUACUGUUUGGUGGAGUCAAAAGCCAUGGAUUGUUUGUCAUUCGGCAGAGCGAAACACGGCCUGGUGAAUAUGUGCUGACCUUUAACUUCCAGGGAAAAGCCAAGCACCUGCGUUUGUCCUUAAAUGAAAAUGGUCAGUGCCACGUCCAACAUCUUUGGUUCCAGAGUAUUUUUGAUAUGCUGCGGCAUUUUCAUAUGCACCCCAUCCCACUGGAGUCAGGUGGUUCUGCUGACAUAACCCUCCGCAGCUAUGUAAUGGCCCAGAGUCCACUGCCGGAACUCACCCCGUCUCCAGCAGUGGCUUCCCAGCAGCCCACUUGCAGAAAUGACCUCCAGUCUCAGCAUUACUUUUCUAGCUUUGUUCCAGUCACUUUUCAGCCAGCAUCUCCAUCAGAGGGCACCACAUCUUCCUCUUCUUCCUCAGCCAGCCAUUCACUUUACCAUAGGAUGGAAGGGACCUUGAGUGCCCGAAGCCGAAGUAACAGCACGGAGCGGUUGUUCGAUUCAGCUGCUGUUGGCACAGAAGACUACCACGAAAGCGAAGGUUCACGCAGCAGAACAAGAGCAGUUGAAAACCAAUACUCCUUCUACUGACUUUGCUGAUUGGGUGGCUUUCAGUGCAUUCCUG